AUGGUGCUGCUCACCCAUGUGCUGGCCUGCAUCUUUGGGACCGGCUCCUGGAUGGCCAUCUGUGGCGUGUGGGUUGAACUCCCCUUGCUGGUGAAUCAGCUUCCUGAGGGCUGGUACCUUCCUUCCGCCCUCAUCAUCAUUAUCCAGUUGGCCAAUGUUGGCCCUCUCUUCUUCACCCUCAUGCACAAGUUGAAGCCGGGAAUGCUGCGCGAGGUGGCCGUCAUCUACACCGUGCUGUCAACAGCAGCUGUGGUCAGCUUCCUCUUGGCUUUCCUGUGGCAUCAUACCACCCCUGUGGCCGGAGGGCAGCACAGCAUAGCUUUCUUUGUCUUGGUCUUCUUCCUCUCGCUGGUCUGCUGCACCUCCUGCGUCACCUUCCUCCCUUUCAUGGUGCGCCUCCACCCUCGCUACAUCACCACUUUUUUCAUCGGGGAAGGCCUCAGCGGAGUAAUCCCAGCUCUUCUGGCCUUGGUGCAGGGCGCAGGAAUCACCCACUGCGUCAAGGUAACCAUGCCAAGCAGUAAUGCAACUGCCAGUAACAGAACCGUGGGCAAUGCGACCGCAGAAGAUGCCCCUUUCCAUGUGGAGACUCGCUACUCCCCUGCCAAUUUCUCCAGCCUGGUUUUCUUCAUCAUCCUGUCCACCAUGAUGUUUUCCUGCCUCGUGGCCUUCUUCUUCCUCAGUCGGCUACCCAAGGUGUGGGAGCUUUCAGAGCAGAACCUCUGCUCCAGCGACAUCACCCUCAACUCAAUCCAGAAGAUUCCUGCGGAUGAGCAAGGAGGAACCACAGGGGGCUCCACCAAAGGAGCUGAUGGAGCCGGCCCAGAAAAGGUCACCUACUCUUGGGCCCAGUUUGCCUACAUCUACUUCCUCAUCGCUUGGGUGAAUGCACUGACCAACAGCAUCCUGCCAUCGGUGCAGAGCUACUCGUGCUUGCCCUACGGUAACAUGGCCUACCACCUGGCAGUCACCCUGAGCAAGAUAUCCAACCCUGUUGCGUGCACCAUUGUCAUGUUUCUACCCAGCAGGUCCCUCCCCACCUUGGGUGCGUUGUCAGCCACCGGAACAGCCUUCGGCAUCUACACCAUGGGCAUGGCUGCCCUGAGCCCCUGCCCCCUGCUUCAGCACUCAGACUGGGGGGGUGCCCUCAUGGUGCUCUCCUGGGUGCUCUUCACUGGGACCUUAACUUACGUCAAGGUAGUGAUGGGGGUGAUCCUUCGGAGCCACAGCCACAGCGCCCUCGUGUGGUACGGAGCGCUGGAGCAGCUGGGCUCACUGAUCGGAGCCUUGGUCAUGUUUCCUUUGGUGAACAUCUACAGCCUCUUCAAAUCCGCCGACUUCUGCAGCUUCCAGUGCCCGGCGUGA